CGCCCGGUUAGUGUUUUGUUUUGCCUGUUCCAAGGCAGAGUUGACGUGGGUAAAGUGUUAUUUUUCAGUGAAAAACUUCGGUAUUUCGAUUUCGAGGUGUUUAAUCAGCGUUUUUAGCCUAACUUUAUGUGGGUGUUUUUCGUCGAGUUUUAGUGAUGAUCAAAAGUAAGGAAAGAAGGCAGUUAUAAUACGGCGUUUCUUAAAAAAAAAUGACAUAGCCAUGGAAAACAUAAAACUAUCGACGGUCAUAGUGCUGAUAUGCGCGGUGACGGCCCUCUGCUUCCCGAGCAAGCCGCUCAACGAACGCUCGCCCGAGCUGGCCUGGCAAGCCUGGCUGCUGGUCGAGGACCAGAACCAGAACGCCAGGCAGACCGAGGGCGACAACGCGCCGCGGCGCAGGAUCACGCCCAAGAGCGUCUUCAUAGCGCCCACCUUCAGCCCCGAGAAGCUGCCGCCCUGCGCCGAGGGCUACGCCAGCGACCCCAUGGGCCGCUGCAUGAAGAUCUUCAAGGUCGACGAGGACGCGCACCUGGACUUUCUGCUGCAGAAAAUCAAGGACCAGUUCGGGGACGAGAACGCGGCCGACUACGAUUACGAGGACGAGGAGAACACGCCUGGACCCUUUCAGGUGAACAUUCCUCUGGGCGAGGAAGACGACUCGAAGAUCAGUGAGGAAGAAACGGAUAUGGCGAUUGUGGUCGCUCCGACCAACAUUAAUUUCAACGAAGAUUCCAUUUUGAAAUUUGAAAGCAAACGACAAAACAAAGUUGACAGUACCACCACUACAACGCAAAAAGCAACUGAAAAAAUCGACAACGUCAACAAAAAUCUCGACUUGACCACAAACAAAAUCGAUUCCUUUCCAAUAAUUGAUGUUACAUCGAAAAUUGACGUCACGUCAAAAACAGAUGUAACAUCAAAUUUGGAGGACGUUACAUCCACUGCUACUAUGGAAACGACCACAGAACUCUCAUUAGAAGACAAUCAGGAAACCACCACUGAUUAUGUAACGGAAGUUGUAACAACGGAGAGUGUUACAAGUAGCGAAGUGGACGGCGUUACGAGCACUGUAACGCCAGAAAACGCAACAAUGACUGAAAGCACAGAUGAUUCAAUUAACACUACUAUUAUUGUUAGUACGCCAAACGACGCUACAAGUGUAACAGAGGAAGUUACAACAUCAUCGCCGAAAAUAGUCGAUGAUGUUACAACGAAAGGGUUCCGCAUAAAAUUUCCGGAGGAUUUGCAGCUACCGGAAGCGUCAAAUCGGUUUGUGAGGUUCCCUGACACACCAGCAAGUUUACCUUUACAUCAAACAAGGGACUUAUCGAGCCAGGUCAACACUUACUACCCCAGCCCUGUUCUGGUGCCCCCGCAACAGGACGCCCCUGCACACCAAGAACCCCGGGCGAUCAGGGAGCACCCCAAUCACAGGUCGAGGGAUAGAAGUCUAUUUCAGUUUCCCACCAAAUGGGAUGCGAACAGUAAACCGAUCGUGUUCAGAUUCUCCCGAAAAAAUUCGUACGUUGACACCAGUCAGUUCAAGCAGCCCGAUUUUUACCGAGCACUGCCCUCGUCCGACCUAUCGUAUAUAUUCGGGUUUAAAAACCGACGGCACCCGAGCCAUAGGUGAAAAAAUAUAACUAUUCGUAAUGUAAAUAUAGUAGAAUAGGAAUGAUCAGUCAGUACAAUAUUUUAUUUAACUUUAAAGUAUUUUAGGUUUUUAAGUUUUCUUUAAGUCCAAAAACCACAAAACAUCACAGAAAAUAUAGUGCUAAUAAAACGCACUGUAUGUAUAGGUACUAGACUGGG